GUGACGCGCGGCGAUUGGGUGAGCGCGGAGCUACAGAGUACUGUACAGUAAAAAAAAAAAACAGACAAGAGUCGGAUAACAACAACAGCAGCUGCGGCCGCCCGAAGCCGACCAAACACACACUUCUCGGACUCACACUAGAGAGAUUUCGGAUGUCACGAUGGCUGCACAAUUCUCUAUUAGUGGCAGCGAGUCCGACCCGGAGGAGGUAGAAGAGGGAGAAAACAACCAUCCACCAGCAGAACAGCCGAUGCAUGUCUUCGAGCGCCGCAACCUCGCCUUACCUGAACUCAGAACCCCAGCCGCCGGCCGGAUCAGGCUGAACUCAGAGUCCCACGCGACCACGGUCUCCAGAGACGAGGAGCUCCAGGCCAGGGGGGAAGAGGAGGCCGGCACGCCCACUGACGGAGCUCCGUUCAGGGGACGGUCUAAGUCGGCUCCACCUGCACUGUGGGCCGCCAAGAAGUACGGCCAGAAGCUGCGAAGGAUGAGCGACGAGUUUGACAGCCUGCUAGAUAAAGGGGAGAUGAAGAGGGUGAGGAGUGCAGGGACGGCCAAACAGAUGCACCACUCUAAAAGCUGGUGGAGCUACCUCUUUAGUCACCAGGAGCUGGAGGGAGAGAACAACCACCAUGAAAACCACACACAUCGCAAUGAGUAGGCACCGAGAGAGGAAACAAGAGCGACGCGACGUUUGAGGGAUGAAGGAAUCGAUGGAGAAGACAGCUACGGGGAGGCCCAGAGAGGCAUUGAACAGGGCGACCUGCGACGGAAGAAAGAACAAAAAUAAAAAGGAAGGAUCCAAACGAAAAGGCGUGGCUGAAUGGGACAUGCAGUAAAUAGCACUACGGUGCGUACUCAAUGAGUCCCGUCCUAGAAAAGCCGUUUUUAUAUGUCAUCGGUAACUAUAUUUGAAUUUUUCUUUUUUUUUUUUUGUAUUUGUGUCGAUUGUGAUGUAACGGAUAAGGUUGCGCAGCCCGAUGUGCAACACUAAAAGUCAGUCAGCAGGCGCGAGGAUGGACUGUUGGCAAUCUGAAGGAUGAAAGGAUGAGCCACGAGAGGAGACGCAAUCUCCGGAAAAAAAAAAAAAAACACAAAGAAACACUGGCAUACUAGUGGAUUCGGAGAGGUGGUGACCACUCAGUUUAAAGAUUCCUACUCUUUCAACUGUCUCUCACAUCAACACUAUGCAAUAUACUGUAGAUGCUGAGAUAAAUGUACUGAAAUCCAAACACCUGACUAUUUGAGGCCACCUUGAAUGCUGUUAGAAUUUCCUUCCUCGUUUUCUUAAAGGAAAUCACCAGUGUCUGUGUGUGUUAACUAAGGCUCCAAAUGUUUGAUUUGCACAAGCUCAUAAAGAUAACUGUAAGUGUGUGCCAAAACAAUCUGCGGGCAAGUUUUGUUAAAAAGAAAAAAACACAAAAAAAGGAAGGAUUUUUUAAGGCAUUCUACGUGGGGUCUAUAAUCCAUCUUCCUGCACUGCUACUCGCAAGCCAGUACCAUUUAAUACAGCUCGACUAUCACUAACUGCUUUAUAUCUCAAAUUUAUCAAAAGGAGAACAAUCUCGUAAAAGGACAAUCUCUGACGAUGCAGAAAUAAUAUCUUUUGUAAAAACUUUCAGGGUUAGAUUAUAGCGGAUGACAUUAAACAUACAUAUAAAAGCACAAACCAAUAAGAAUCUAUCUUUAUAAAGCCUUGAAUGAGCAAAAAGAAGAAAAAAAAAAACAAUCGUUGGAAUUUUUACGUGUAAAUAUUUUGUUAAUAUUUUAUCAAAUGGCAAGAGGGGUUGGGGGUUAUAAGCAAGGCAGUUCAGCCAGAAGUUUAUUUACAAGGCUUAACCAGCAAUAGGCAGUGUACAAUCCAACUGGUAAACGUUAACGAGCAUAUUUAAGGAAGUGGAAGGGGAUGAAUUAACUGCUGUACAAGGAGCCAACACGCUAGCCUUUGGCCUCGUUUACUCAGCUCCCAGUGCAGAAAAAGGAUGAACUCAGAGAUAUAAGGGACUUCCACUUACUUUUUUUAUUUUGUUUGUUUAGGAAAAUCAGUUUCAAGUCCUGUGUAUAAAAGAAUUUGUUUAAACGUGGGUUGUUCACUUUGCAUUGGGAGGUGAAUAAAAUGGGAUCUUAAUCUGCCUUAGCUUUAGGAGUGCUGAUGCUAAAUUUGAUAUUUAUGUGUUGUUUUUUUUAGGAAUACUUGGCACAUGCAGCUCACAAUAAAAUAGAGUUGCAUCAUCAGCACUCCCAUACAGCUCGGUAUAAAAAAAUAAAAAAAUAAAAAAAGAUUGGGCUAGUUGUGAAUUGUUUAUCAAUGUGAUUAUUGAAAGUGGUGAUAGGUUUGUUCUACUUGUGUCUUACUCUCUUCCUCUCGACUCGUCGGGUCGAGCUGCGAAGUGCUCGGGUGUGCAGGGCCGAGGGCGGCGUUUGUGUUGUCUUUGAAGCUUUUCAUUGCUAGGGUUAGUUUGUCUUGGAAGCUUUUCUUUACUAUGUUUGCAUCGACUUGACUGUGCGAGAUCCACUGACUGAUCAUUUGUCAAAUAUAAACUGUUGAAAAAGGAGUACAUCCACUGUUUUAUGAUAUCACACAUGAGUUUCAGUUUUUUUCUUCUUUUUUUUUUUUACAUUUUAACACUCCAAAUAGACCUGUGCAUGUACUUUGACACAAGUAGUACAACUGGAUCAGCUGGCGGAGAACACGUGCAUGGUGCUGAGAGGGUCGGGGCCAGAUAGAAACGCUUUACUCUCUUGAAAAUAAGAAGUCCAGCCGGAGUACUAUAAUGUUGUAAUG